AGUACCUCGGCUCAGACGUCCUCACGAUACUACAGAGUGGAAAAUCUACGCCGCAUUUCAUGAUACGACUUAUUUGACAUAGCAUAACAGAAUGUCCCAGCCUAUAUCCAUUCCACCAUUGAUACCCCUUCCAGCCGAGACAUCGCGGCGGCUCACGAAUAACGACGCUAAAGACGACAUAUUCGCGACCUUGUUCUCCCCCGCGACGCCACGGGCAUCCCCUACUUUGCAUCCAGUUCCAGAUGAACCAAUAAUGGAGAUCGUCCGACCCCGGAACACAGAGCACUCUCGAACAUCCUCCACCGAUUCAGAAUUUGGGUCAUUCGUCUCGGUGCCGUCAACAGAAGACCCUCUUCACCAGCUUGGCUCUGACGCUGGUCAGCCCUUCUCGCCCGUCCGGAAUUUUGAAUUCUUUGACCGAUUUGCGGAGGAGGCGAAGGCUGCUACGGAAAGGAAUAAAAAGGGGGUGCUGGACGAGCUACUGCAACAUGAGGAUGAUCCUUUAUACUUCCUGAGAAGCGGUGCGCAAACUUUCGCUUAA